AUGGCCACCAACGCCCUCUUCUCCCUCGAGGGUCAGACUGCCCUCAUAACAGGUGCCACGCGAGGCAUCGGCCAAGCCGUUGCCAUCGCACUGGCCGAAGCAGGCGCAGACAUUAUCUUGAUCCAAAGAGACCUAAGCAACCAGUCCACCCUCCAAUCCAUCGAGUCCCUCGGCCGCAAGGCCCAGAUCUACACAGCAGACCUGUCCUCGCCCUCCGAGGUGGCCGGGCUGGUGCCGCGCGUGCUGGCCGACGGCCACCAGGUGCGCAUCCUCGUCAACUGCGCGGGCAUCCAGCGGCGGCACCCGUCCGAGGCGUUCCCGGACAGCGACUUCGCCGAGGUGCUGCAGGUGAACCUCAACACGCCCUUCGCGCUGUGCCGCGACGUCGCCGCCCACAUGCUGGGGCUGCCCGAGCACAGCACCACGGGCCGCAGGGGGUCCAUCAUCAACUUCGGCUCGCUGCUCAGCUUCCAGGGCGGCAUCACCGUCCCCGCGUACGCCGCCUCCAAGGGCGGCGUCGCGCAGAUGACCAAGACUUUUUCGAAUGAGUGGACUAGCCGGGGUAUUACUGUUAACUGUAUCGCGCCGGGCUAUAUCGCUACUGAUAUGAACGAGGCGCUGCUAAAUGACCCGGCCAGGCUCAAGAGUAUCAGUGAGAGAAUACCGGCUGGCCGCUGGGGCACGCCUGAGGACUUCAAGGGCCCGACCGUGUUUUUGUCGAGUAAGGCGGGGGCGUAUGUGAGUGGGCAUACUUUGACUGUUGACGGCGGUUGGAUGGGAAGGUAG